CCAGACCACUGACCAGCAAACAGCCAUCUAUAAAUAUAUGGUCAUGGAUGGAUGGGUUCCUAUAACUAGUUACAUAACUGAUUUCGCCAGACCCACCCAUUCCCAACAAAAUAUAGAAACUCUAGUUAACUCUGCCACUCACAAUCCACUAGGGUUCAGAAGGACUGAAGAAACCAGCAAGGACACCAAAGCAAGCAGACUCUCCCUAAAUGCUGCUCACCUGGCUCCACUCGGGGCUCGUCCUCCUUGGCUUGCUCUGCCACUCCUCAUGGCAGCGACCACCCCCUUACACCCCUUCGCCACAGUCCAAGCAUCUCUUUAACAUCACCCAACCUUCGUCCUAUCUGCAAUCCAAAUCACCAAGCUAUCAAAUCAAAUCCAGGUUUGACUUUCAAUCAGUCAAUCUAGCCUUGAACCAGGAAUGGAUCGAGCUCGAUCUGUUCCAUCACGGCCUGGCCCAGUUCUCGGCGAAGGAGUUCGAGGAAGCCGGCCUGAACGCCGAGGACCGAUACUUGAUCCAGUUCAUGGCUGACCAGGAGGUCUCGCAUGCGACGGUGCUGUCGAACAUGCUCGGCCCUCGGGCUGCUAAACAGUGCCAGUACAGGUACCCUUUCAAAACAGUCAAGGAGUUCCUUGAUUUCUGCCAAAAGCUGACAAGGUGGGGUGAAUCGGGCGUCUAUGGGUUCCUGUCAUUCUUGGAAAAUCCAAACUCGGCCCAAAUUUUGCUGCAAUCGAUCGUCACCGAGGCGAGACAACAGAUGAUCUUCCGACAAUUUGAAGGCCUGUUCCCCAUGCCGGUUUACCACGUCCCGGGGAUCCCCCAAAGCUGGGCAUGGACGCUGCUCCACCCUUACCUCGUCAGCUGUCCACGCACGAACCCAUACAUCGAGUUCGACAUCUUCCCCCGGCUCGAGAUCCUCAACAACCCAGACCCGUUCCAGAUCGACCCCCGCUCGCCGGCGAUCACCCAUAAUCGCUCCUCCCUCUCGCUGCCUGGCCGCCAGGUGAGGUUCAAGUUCGAUAAGCCCGGGAAGGUCGUCGGGCCCAACGGCGAUUAUAAGACACUCACUCACUCUAAAUCCGCUCGCCCUAAGUUCGCUGCUUGGACCUCUCACUACAAUGUGACUUAUUCCAAGCUGGAGCAGGUAGACGAGGACUCGGCGACGACCGUGCAGCCUUACGGUGUACUGUUCCCCGGCCAAGUCGAUUACCCGGUGAUCAACGGGACGAUGUUUGUGCUGCUGACCGAUACCGAUCUGCAUGUCACCCCGUCUAAUAUCACUGCUCUCAACCAACACAUUGUCGCAGGGCCCGCAAUGUAUCAGGCUGAUUAGUUGAAACUGAGUAUUCGAGGGUGGCGCGUUCCGCCCAGCGGCUAUUCUUACUUAAAGACAAUCUCUUCGUUUGAAAUCAUAUAAAAUUAUUAUAUAAGAAUAGUGCUAUUAAUUGAGCGGUUCAAAGCCAAUCAGUCUUAUUCAAUUGUGAAGUGAUUCGCUUAACUGAACCUUAAAUCUCUCAUGAAAAACUGGUGAUGAUGAUGAUUAUAUACCAUCACUUUGUCACAACUCAAUUAUAUUUUUCUCGGUAAACAAAGUCUUUGGCAAAGUUUGAAGAUUGUGUGAAUUAGUGGAGAAAUAUGAGAGAG